CCAUAUUAAAUUAUUUUUCCUCUAUCAUGAUCUUACCCAACAAUUGAUUUAAUUUAUCCAUCUCAUCAUAUUACACUUUUCAGAUUAAGAUAUUAGGGUUUGUAUAAAAAAAAUUUACUUAGCUUUCCCAUCGAAUAAGAAUAUUAUACAUGGAAAGAUGGGGUUCUAUCACUUUAUGCUGCAAACCCUAGAUUGCACUACCCAAUGGAAUAAAUGCCAGAACAAAUUUGGAAAAGGAAAAAAUGAAAAAAGUGGCAAUGGUGUAAAACAAGGGUACUAGCAUGGGCUAUAGAAGACAAGCACAAACACAGAGAUAUUUUGAUGGAGAGGGUUGUCUGAUCAUGAAACCCGCAUCCCAACCCUAAUUGAGAGCCCUAUCAUUUUUUAUUGUACUUUAAUCAAAUAUAUAUAUAAAUAUUAAAUUUGUAAAUAAAAAUAAAAAUAAAUAGUAUGAUAAACCCUAAAGUAUUUUUUAUUUUAAAAAAAAUGAUAUAUAUAAAGGGUGAGGAGGCUUGGUUUGGUGCAUAUCUUGUGUGUUUGAGGGGAAGGCGGAGCCGCGUCUUUCCUAAGCAGAUUCUUUCUGCCUCGUCCCUAUUUAUAGUUGGCUGGGAUUUUCACAUAAAGGGUCACUCAGAUUUUGCUCUUUCACUGUCCUGAAACCAUGGCUGAACAUACCAGAGAGGGCGAAGAGAAUGGGGUCAGCGGUUGCAUGUCUUCUGUGAUUCCUGGGUGGUUUUCGGAGAUUAGCCCAAUGUGGCCUGGAGAGGCACAUUCCUUAAAGGUAGAAAAGAUCUUAUUUCAGGAGAAAUCUGACUACCAGAAUGUAAUGGUCUUUCAGUCAGCAACAUAUGGAAAGGUUCUCGUUUUGGAUGGGGUGAUUCAACUCACAGAGAGGGAUGAAUGCGCAUAUCAAGAAAUGAUCACUCACCUGCCACUUUGCUCAAUUCCAAACCCAAAGAAGGUUUUGGUCAUUGGCGGAGGAGAUGGUGGUGUCCUGCGAGAAGUGGCCCGACAUUCUUCUGUUGAGCAGAUAGAUAUCUGUGAAAUUGAUGGGAUGGUUGUCGAUGUUUCUAAAAAAUUUUUCCCUGACGUAGCAAUUGGGUAUGAUGAUCCCCGUGUGAAUCUCCAUAUUGGCGAUGGGGUUGCAUUUAUGAAGAAUGCACCUGAAGGAACUUAUGAUGCUGUUAUAGUAGAUUCUUCUGACCCAAUAGGUCCUGCACAGGAGCUUUUUGAGAAGCCUUUCUUUGCGUCAGUGGCAAGGGCUCUUCGUCCAGGGGGAGUUGUGUGUACUCAGGCAGAAAGUAUAUGGCUUCAUAUGCACAUUAUUGAAGACAUUGUCACAAACUGCCGCCAGAUAUUCAAAGGCUCUGUCAACUAUGCAUGGACAACAGUUCCUACAUACCCAAGUGGGGUGAUUGGAUUCAUGCUGUGCUCUACUGAGGGACCUGCUGUUGAUUUCAAGCAUCCUGUCAAUCCCAUUGAUGCAAAUGAGAGUGCUUGCAAGUCAAGUCGACCUUUGAAAUUUUACAACUCAGAGAUUCACGCUGCAGCUUUCUGUUUGCCAUCUUUUGCAAAGAAGGUGAUUGAUUCAAAAACUACAUGAAAAAAAAAAAGAAAAGAAGAAGAAGUUUAAAGAGCACUUGACCAGGAUUUAAUGGUAGAGUUGCUGGAUUUCAUCCUCAUCGAAAUGGUGCAGUAGCAAUGAACCAUAGAAUAAGUUGAGGUUUGAAAUAUGUCCUCAGUGGGGGCGGAGUUAGUAUGCUUAUUGGAUUUUUGGGAUUAAUGUCAUUCCUUAUGAUUAGUACUGGACUAUGAAAAUUUGGGGACCACUCAUAGCCAGCUUAGUUCUUGCAACUAGUUGUUUAAUUCAUAAAUAUUAUAUUUAUGUUUCUUUGUUUCUUGAA